AUGGAGCUGCAGAUCUCCGCGUCGGGUGGCGUGGAGGCGGCGGCCACCGUGCCAUUCCCCGUCCGCCUGUCGUCCUGCAGGGAGGCCUCGGCCCGGUGCAUGCUGACCCUCGAGGAGGGCGGGAGCGUCAGGGCCCGGCUGCUGGAGUCGAGCGAGGGCCCAGUCCUCUGCGACAGCGGCUGGGUGCAGCUCGGCGGCGAGGACUGGGUCUGCCUCGACUGCGCCGCAGCCUCCCGGCUGCUCUGCUGCGCGUGCGAGUGCGCCUCGGGCUGGACGCUGUGCUUCGACGUCAAGGAGCGGCCGGACCGCCCGCCGCUGCUGCGUUCCGUACACGUCGCGGCGGCCUCCCCGGCGGGCGCCGCGGCCGCAGAGGGCGACGCCGUCGCGGCUGCCAGCGCGGGCGGCACGCUGGGCGCGGUCGCGGGCGGGGCCGGAAGCGCGCAGUGCUUCGACUGCACGGACGCGCAGUCGGAGGCGAGCUUGGGCCUGCGUGCGGCGCGAGCGCCGCCGGGGCUGCCUGUGCGGUCGGCUGGGGCGGGGCGGGCCGACCGCACCCCAGAGGAGGCCUUGCAGCAGCUGCUGGGCGGAGGCGCCUCGGGCCUGCCCCAGUGGCUGCUGCAGCCUUCGCUCUGGGAGGCCCUCUCGCGGGGGCUGCGGUUCGAGGCGGGCUCCUCGGAGGGCGGGGCGCUGGCCGUGCCGCGCGCGCAGCUGCGGGCCGCCAGGGCGGAGCUGGAGCGCUCGGGGCACGCUCGACUGGAGGGCCUGAGCUGGGACGACGUGGGGGUCUCCAUGCAGGCCAUAGCUGACACCAUGGCCUCGCUCCAGGAGCGCGGCGUACCGCCCGUCUUCGUAUUCAUGUACGGCGAGGUCUGGGCGUUGUGGCGGAGCCUCUUCGCGGCGGCGGCCGAGCUGCUCGGCGUCAGCGAGGAGGAGCUGCGCCUGGACGCGUCGGUGUUCGCGUGGGCGUUGCGGCCAGCCGGCGCCGCGGGCGAGGUCGGGAGCAACUUCGGCAGGCCCCACCGCGACGACAGCUACUCGGACUGCCACACCGCGGACGGGCGGCUGAGCAUCCUCAGCAUGUGGCUGCCCGUGGUGCCGGUGACGACGUCCAACGGCUGCAUGUACGUCGUCCCCGCCCAGCACGACCCGCUCUUCGCGGAGCCGUCGCACCCCCUGCACAUGCGACCCGAAGAGCAGAUGCCCUGGGCGCACAUUCGGCCCCUCCCGGCCUCGCCUGGGGACGUGCUCAUGUGGAAGGGCAACCUCAUCCAUUGGGGCUCUGCCCCCGACGGCGCCGGGGACCCGCGCAAGAGCAUCGCCUCCGCCUUCUUCCGGGCCGGGUCGGCGGCCGGGCAGGGCAUAAGCCUGGGCCGGUUGCGGGCUGGGCUCAGCGUGAGCGCUCGGCUGCAGCUGGUGCUGCGGGCGCUGCUGGUCUACUCGGACUGGCACCCCGGGUUCGCUGGGCUGGAGCGCGUGCUGCAGGGGCCCGGUUUUGAAAAGGCGAUCCCAACGGGGCCCCAUGAACGGGUGGCAGCGGGAAGCAUGCCGCACAGCAAUUAG